AUGGUUGACUGUAAAGCGGUCAAGACACCUAUGGCCACUACAGUUAAACCAUCUGAUUCAGGAGGUGCUCUUAUGUUUGACCCUACUAAAUAUCGGUCUGUUGUUGGAGCUCUACAGUAUGUGACACUCACUCGGCCCGAUGUCAGUUUCUCAGUCAACAAGGUAUGUCAGUUUAUGCACGCUCCAACGGAGGAUCACUGGCAACUUGUUAAAAGAAUCCUUCGUUACCUUCGAAGCACUCAGUCCCAUGGCCUUCUCAUUGAGCGUUCACCUAUCCGCUCUCUUCAGGCUUUCUCCGAUGCUGAUUGGACAGGUGACAGUGCAGACCGCAAGUCCACAGGUGGAUUUGCUAUUGUCCUUGGGCUCAACUUGAUUUCUUGGACCUCCAGAAAACAAAGAACUGUGGCACGCUCUAGCAUAGAGGCCGAGUACAAGGCCCUGGCCGAUGCGUCGGUCUAA